CUAGUAAGUCUGCAAAGACGUGGGAAGGAAUAAUUGGAUUCUGUCCGGCAAAACUUUUGGAAUUUGGUCCGCCCGAGAGAGCAUCAAUACCCAAUCUUCGAAUGAACCCGAACGCUUAAGCUAGCGACGCCACAACUCGACGAAUUGUCGAGCACAACGAAACGAACUUAUUUCCGGAUCGCCGCCGGAGAUAUUCGAAAUCCAACACGCCUCCCGGAAAAAUCCACAUGCCCGAGCAGCAGAAGGAAGCUAACACAAUUUCAUUCGAACUGCACGCCGGAGGAAUUUGAAUUCGUGCUUGCCAGAGCAGCAGAAGGGUGGAAGGGAACAGCUUCUUUUAUCGUAGCUCUUCAUCUGACUCGACAUGUUUUCUAAAUUCUUCAAUAAGAACGUCGACGCAGCGGAGCAAACUCCGCCGUCUACCCAGGAAAAUGCAUCAAAAGGAAGUUUGACAUUCAAAGACAUAAAUCCUCGUGUGAAUCUUCACUAUGGAAUUCCUUCUACCGCGUCUGUUAUGGCUUUUGAUCCAAUUCAAAGUCUUUUGGCAGUGGGAACAUUGGAUGGGAGAAUAAAAGUGAUUGGUGGUGAUAACAUUGAAGGGCUUAUGGUGUCUCAAAAGCAUUUCCCCUUUAAGUACUUGGAGUUCCUACAAAACCAAGGUUUCUUAGUCAGUGUCUCGAGUGAAAAUGAGAUUCAGGUUUGGGAUUUAGAACAAAGACGGAUAGUUUCUUCCUUGCGAUGGGAGUCCAGUAUUACCGCAUUCUCUGUGAUACAUGGAUCAAGCUAUAUGUAUGUUGGAGAUGAGUAUGGCAUGGUUUACGUGGUAAAAUACAAUGCAGAAGAAUCGUCUCUAGUGCCUCUCCCAUAUUAUGUUCCAACAAGUGCAAUAGAUGGUAAUGUUACACCUCUGCCACCUCUUUUGAUGAAAAUAGAGUGGAAUAAAGAUAUCUGCUUAUGCCUGAUAUCUGUACAUAAUAAGCACUGGAUUUUGCUGAAUUCUGCAGAAGCAUCUGGAGGAUCAUCAUCGAACCAACACUCUAUUGUAGGAGUUCUUCCCCAGCCAUCUUCUCAAGGAAAUAGGCUACUCAAGUCUUCCUCUUUUUGCAGAGUGUUAAUUGCUUAUGAUAAUGGAUUACUCAUUCUAUGGGACGUGUCUGAGGAUAAAGUUAUUGUGGUUAAAGGGAAUAAAGAUCUUCAGUUGACAAGCAAAAUAGCUGUCAAUUCUCAAGAAGAGUUAAGACAGGAGGAGCCUUCAGAUGAUGAGCAAUUGGAGAAAGAGAUAAGUGCUCUGUGUUGGACAUCUGGCAGUGGGACAGUUCUUGCUGUGGGUUAUGUUGAUGGAGACAUAAUGUUGUGGAACCUAUCAACAAGUGUUCCCUCUAAUGGAAAUGAUGUUGUUAAGCUACAAUUAUCAUCAAAUGCCAGUAGACUACCAGUCAUUGUUUUGCAUUGGCGUCCAAAAAGACCACGUGAUGACUGUUCUGGCCAACUCUUUGUCUAUGGUGGUGAUGCAAUUGGAUCUGAGGAAGUUCUAACGAUUUUAAACCUUGACUGGUCUGCUGGAAUUGGCAAACUAAAAUGCAUUGGGCGUACAGACAUUACUCUCAAUGGCUCUUUUGCUGACAUGGUUCUGUUCACAAGAGGUGUUUCAGUGGAUACAACUGGGAUAUUAGUGUUGACAAAUCCAGGACAACUGCAUUUUUAUGACAGUGCUUGCUUGUCUAGCUUGACAUCAAAGGAAAAGAAAAAAGUUACUGUGUCUCCAAUUGAAUAUCCCAUCGCCAUACCUACUGUUGAACCAAACAUGACUGCAGCAACGCUUGGUUUGAUACGUGUAGAAGUGAAUCUUUUGAGGGCUUUAUCUGAGAAAAUCGCUGCUGUAAAAUUGAGAAGGGUUGAGGUUUCUGGAAAUACAGAUUGGCCAUUGACUGGUGGUAUUCCUAGCCAAAUUAUGGAAGCUGAAAAUUAUCAAGUUGAAAGAGUUUAUAUAGCAGGAUAUCAGGAUGGAUCUGUCAGAAUAUUUGAUGCAACAUGUCCAACCAUUUCAUUAUAUUGUGUCUUAGGACCAGAGGUCAAAGGUACAAGUAUUGAUGCAGCAAGCGCACCAAUAUCUGCACUGGAGUUUUGCUCCGCCAAGUUAACUUUGGCUAUUGGCAAUGAACUUGGUACGGUGCUUUUAUACGAUUUAACUGGGACUACAGAUGCAAUGCAGCUAAACUGCGUUACAGAAAAUGGAAAAGAAGUUUACACUGUACAAGGAGGGGAUGAGCCUCACUGCACAGCCGUGUUUACCUUCCAUACUUCACCUAUAAGCACUCUUCAAUUUCUGCAUUCUGGAUCCAGACUUGGUGUUGGAUUUCACUCUGGAAGGGUGGCAUUGCUUGAUAUUAACACAUACUCAAUAUUGUUUCUCACUGAUAGUAUGUCCAACUCCUGUUCUCCAAUUAAAUCGCUGGAUAUGAGGCCAUCUACUGAAACUAUUAGUGUGAUUAAGGAUCUAGGGCAGAGUGAAACCAAAUGUAUGGAUAGCAGUGCCGAUCAGGAAGUUUUUGUUGUAACCAAGGAUGGGCAGUUUGUACUUCUUGAUGGAAACACGGGAAAAAUCAUCAUUUCUCAGUCACUUAAAGCUGAAGACGAAUCCAUUGUUGUUUCUAUGCACAUCAUAGAUCUUACUGAUUUCUCACAAGCUUAUUACCCCCCUUUAGAUAGUAGCAAGACGGCAUGCGAAAGUGGAACCACCCAUGGCAGUGAUAAUCCACUCAACACAGAUGAAGAAGCUACUUCAGGAGCCUCCAGUUGUGGGAAGACAGCUGAAAGUUUCUGCCUUGUGCUUUGUUGCGAAAAUGCAUUGCACCUAUACUCUGUCAGUGCUCUUCAGGAGGGAGGUACAACCCCUGUUGAGACGAUGAAUCUUUCGAAGCCAUGCUGUUAUGCUACAACUUUCAAGAAGGAUGACAAAGAUGCUGGACUCAUUGUGAUUUAUCAGACUGGGGAAAUUGACGUGAGGUCUUUGCCAGACUUUAGAUUGGUGGGUGAAAGCAAUUUAAUGAUGAUUGUAAGGUGGAACUUCAAGACUAAUAUGGAUAAGAUGAUAUGUUCCUCAGAAAGUGGGCAGAUUAUGUUGGUAAAUGGGUGCGAAGUUGCUUCAGUCUCUCUUUUGGCAUUUGAAAACGACUUCAGGAUUCCGGAUUCGUUACCUGUUCUUCACGACAAAGUGCUAGAAGCUGCUAUUGAUGCUGCUGCCGACAAUUUGUCUCCCAGUGAGAAGGAUAAACAGGGUUCCCUACCUGGAAUUUUAGGUGGCAUUCUCAAGGGUUUACAAGGAGGUAAGGUGGAGGAGCAGAAAGUGGGGUUUCCUAAGGUUGGGAAGAGUAACUUGACACAUCUAGACACCAUAUUUUCCAAUCCCCCAUACUUGAAGCCUUCUUCUUUGAACUUUGACGAUGACCGAAACGAUGUCGUGGAACUUAGCAUAGAUGAUAUCGACCUCGAUUUUGACCAGCACGUGGUAGUGGAAGCAUCUUCCACCGAGGAGAGCAACAACGAGAAGAAAGACAAGGGAAAGGAAAGAGAGAAGUUAUUUGAAGGUGCAACGACUGAUUCAAAGCCCAAAAUGAGAACAGUUGAAGAAAUCAAGGCCAAAUACGGAAAGGAGGAUGCUGCUGGAGCAGCUGCACUCGCGAGGAACAAGCUUGCCGAGCGUGGUGAAAAACUUGAGAGGCUGAGCCUGCGAACAGAGGAGCUGCAGAAUGGUGCUGAAGAUUUCGCAUCAAUGGCUCAGGAACUCGCUAAGCGAAUGGAGAAGCGUAAUAAAUGGUGGCAGUUAUAAUCAUAUCAGAUCCCGUACCCAAAACAGACAUUAUAUUCGUUAACGAGCUUGCUUGGCUUUCAAGGUACAGAAGAAAAGAAGCCAUUGUUGACCCUUCGUUUGGGUGGAUACCCCAGUUACCACACUGUACCCAAUCUCCAACCCCUACAUUUUGACGUGUGCAUAAGAUAUAUGCAUAUUUAAAUACAGCUACCGCCUAAGCUUGUAUAUUGUGAUUUGUGAAUACAAAGAACACCUGAGUUUACAUGAACACAAUGUUUGACUGUCUAAACUAACAACAUACACUGCCCACACCAGCCAUAGGAGGAGGUGGAUAGAAUGAUGAAAGUGUGCUCUCUGCGCAAAAAGAAGCCUUGCAUGACGCAGAAGUGUUUUCUUCUUAUGGUUCUCACC